CCAGCAUUUCCCCUGUAAAUCGUACAUUUGUCAAUUAGCUUAUACCGUAUAGAAUGUCUUGUGACAAGGUCUGUCCAUGUCCGCGAGGUAUAGAUUACUAUGGAGUAUUAUCCUUGAAAAAGAACAGUGAUGAUUUGGAGAUCAAGGCAGCUUACGGCUUCCAGAUUUCGCCGUCUGGCGAUACGAUAUAAUCCCAUACGAGCAAAGGAUGAAAGUUUGUGGACCAUAUUCUCCUUAGUGGCUGAAGCAUACGAUGUGCUUUCGAACCCUUUUAAACGGGCGAUAUACGAUCAAUUCGGUGAAGAAGGCCUUAAAAAUGGUGUGCCUGGAGACGAAGGAUUUAUCCAGCCAUACAUUUAUCACGGUGAACCGAUGAGAACUUAUAGGGAAUUCUUCGGAACGGAAAGUCCUUAUGCUGAUCUAUUCCAUGUACUAACACAGCCCUCGUCUGUGCUCGAAUUUCCCGAGGGGCGGGGUUUAAAGCGCAAGGAAGAGCCUCUGAUAAAAACCUUGUAUCUAACCCUACUGGAGGUUCUUCUUGGAGGGAUUAAAAAGAUGAAAAUACAGAGAUUAGUUCUGGUAGGAGAUGACAAGUCUAAAACAGUGACUAAAGAAAAGAUUCUAACGAUACCUAUUAAGCCAGGCAUCCCGACAGGAACAAGGAUCAUUUUCCCCGAGGAAGGUGAUCAAGGACCCACGAAGAUUCCUGCGGAUGUAAUCUUCAUCACGGAGGACCGGCCUCACGAGACCUUCCGAAGAGAGGGCUCUGACUUGCACAUGACGGUCGAUAUCUUUCUGCGAGAGGCACUGACCGGAACAGUGGUCACCGUCAACACCCUCGACGACAGAACCCUUCGAAUACCGAUAACGUCUGUCAUCGCGCCAAAUUAUCGGAAAUACAUACUCAAAGAAGGACUGCCGCUACCGGAAAAUCCAAAAGACAAAGGAAACUUGAUCAUCACGUUCAACAUUGAAUUUCCGGUGUACCUGCCGGUAUCGAAUAAAACUUAUAUUAAGAAGGCAUUCGAUACGUCAGAAGAUAUUAGAAACACGGAAUACAUUCAUCGUCUUAUUCUGGCUAAUAAAAUGCGUAGAAACAUGGAUUUCGAUGUACCUGUACGUCGAGAUCCUGACGACGAAGAAGCGAAACAGUUGGAUUCUGAAUGUAAUUCUUAGAUCGUCUCCAUUUUGUUUGUUAUACUAAAUCGAUUUAUCGAUAUUUGUCCGAAAUAUUUGAAUCUUUCUAAAAUAUCGAUGAAAGAAUAAAAUUUGAUG